GGGGCGCCCGCACCACGAACACUCGAAUGAAGCAACAACCGUAAACAUAUCGACUGGACUGGAAGCUAAAUAAUGCCAGUAGUUAAACUACCGGGCGAACUGGCGGAUUAAACAUUACACCGGGAUAAUAUUUAUUUAAGAAUACCUGACAGGAUGGACUGCUGAGACAGUUUACUCCACAUAUAAAUAUAUAUUUAUAAAGGAAGCAUCAGCCUCAACAUGUCAGCUGAGAGAGAGCUCAACACCAACACUCCUGACGACAACAAACUGGUCAGACCAAAGGUAGAGUUCCAAACGUUGCUGCAGCUUGCAGGAGCGACUAAAGAUGUUUUCACCAUGAAGGAGGUGAUGUUCUACCUCGGUCAGUACAUCAUCCAGAAGCAGCUGUACGACCAGAAGCAGCAACACAUCGUCCACUGCUCCCAGGAUGCACUGGGGCAGGUGUUGGGGGUCGACAGCUUCUCAGUUAAAGAAACACGACUUCUGUUCACGUUGAUCACAAAGAAUCUGGUGGCCGUCAAGAGUCAAGAGUCUUCACAAAACUUGAGUGAAUCCCAAAGUAACAGUCAGCCGGACAGAGGGACAGAGGAGGCGGACUCAGAAAGCCGCUCUUCAUCACCGGACAGAAGGAGAGGACGAAGGAGGAGGAGGAGGAGCAACAGGAGCAGCGAUCCCGGCCCAUCAGGCCCCUCCCACAGUUUAGAGGACGAUGAAGAUACAGAAGAGACGCAGGAAGAAGAGGACGAAGGAGGCAGGAAGAGGAGGCGGUCCGACAGCUACUCCUUGACCUUUGACGAGAGCCUGUCCUGGUGCGUGAUUGGUGGACUGCGGGACAGACACAGCAGCCAAUCAUCGGACGCGCACAGCACGUCUGCGAGGUCAGAGGUCACGGUUGCAGCCUCAGACUCCGACUGCGACAACUUCAGCGUGGAGUUCGAGGUCGAGUCCAUCGACUCCGACGACUACAAUGAAGAUGACGCUUCUCUGUCUGCAGACGACCAGGUGUACGAGGUCACCAUCAUUGAGGAAGAGGAAGAAGACUCCUUUGAUGAAGACACAGAGAUCACCGAGGCUGAUUACUGGCGCUGUGCGAAGUGCGAGGAGCUGAACCCUCCUCUGCCCAGACACUGUCUCCGCUGCUGGACUCUGCAGCAAGACUGGCUCCCUAAAGACGCAUUAAAGUCGGCCUGCUCCAGCCCCAAAGCCCUCCCCCUAAAGCCAGCUGACCAAUCAGCUGCCAAAGAAGCACUGGGUUCUGAUGUGGAGGAAACUGAAGGAGUGGACGUCCCAGAUGGGAAAAGAGCAAAAACUCCCACCAUCCUGUCCCCGUGCUUGUCUGACUCCGCCUCCUCCGCCCCGAACUCGCAGGAUUUCCUCUCCUCGUGCUCCCAGCCUUCCUCGUCUUCCUCGCAGCAGAAGCUCUGGAGCUCCGACUCGCAGCCCAACUCCUCCGUCGACUCCCAGGAGCUUCUCCCGCUGUCCCCCUCCACUCCCACUCAACCGCCGCCCGGCGUCCCCGACCUGGACCGCAGCGUCUCAGCGGAGUGGCGCCUGCCGGACUCGUGUCUCGACCCGUGUCUCAUCUGUCAGUCCCGGCCUAAGAACGGCUGCAUCGUGCACGGCCGGACCGGGCACCUCAUGUCCUGCUACGUCUGCGCGAGGAAGCUGAAGAAGAGGAACAAGCUGUGUCCCGUCUGCAGGCUGCCCAUCCAGUCUGUCAUCCUCACCUACAUCAGCUGAGAGACACCACCUGUCCUCCACCUCCACCUGUCCUCACCUACCUCAGCUGAGACAUCCAGUCUGCACCUCGUCUUUUAUUUAGCAGAUGGAUGAUUAAUGAAUAAAUUAAUAAAGGUUUUCUGAAUUGAUAAGAUUAAUUAUCUCCGCUCAGACUCCGGUUCUCUGUGCAGAACAAAACACAGAGCAACAAGAAACCAUCAACAACUUCAAGUUCAGUUUGAGUUUCUCUUCUUCAGUCGACAGGCACAUAAUAUAUAUUUAUCUUAGUUUGGUUCUUUCUGUUUUAAAAAGCUGGAUAGGUCGGCAUUAGUCUAUUUUUUGUUCUUAUUGUUAACAGAGCUCGUGGAAAAACCAAAACCAACAAUUAAUUAGUGCAUCUAUCAAAACGUUCUUAAUCUUUUUUUCUUUCACUCUGAACACAUUUUUAUAUUCCACAAAGAGACUAAUAGGGUGUUCACACACGCAAAAAAAACCUCUGACUUUACCCGGCGUUUCUCCUGUCAGCCCCCCUCGAGAACGCAGCAGAAAACAACCCCUUGAGCCAGUGGGAGUGGGUGGUGGUGACAUUUAUUCCCUGUGAUCGGAGCAAUUAUCUAAAUACUUUCAGGAGUGCGUUGGUGAAAAAACAUCUAAAAUAAAAAAAGGCGUUUUAAUCAUCUUUAAAAAAAGAGCUUAAAUAUGUCUUAAACUGAUUAUUAUGCCUUUUUCUCAGUUCACCGUCUAUUACCUAAAAAAUGCUGAUUAACUACAAAUUGAAGCAAAACAGGAAAAAGUGGGUUAUUUCUGGGGGGUUUUGAGAGCAGAUUAGUCUUUAAAGGUCACAUAUUAUUCUCCAUUUCAGCAAGUUUAAAUAAAUCUCCACAAAACGAUUUAUCAUGCCUGUAAACCCCUCUGUUUACAGGCUGUUUCUGUGUGAGAAGGCAGACUCAGGUUCAGAACAAACACCUAGCUGUGGGAGUGUCACCCACCUGGGGGAGGGGCUACUGCCCUUUGUGAUGUCAUGAAGGAAAAAUCUCCAAACGGCCUGUUUGAGCACACAUUUUCUGAAAAGUGGAGCAGGGGAAAGACGGAGAGGAUGGACUUUUCUCAUCAUUGGGGGGUUUUAGACAGACUAGAGACACAUGUUAGAGUUAGAGAAACAUGGUGAAGAUUAUUUUGCAUAACGUGACCUUUAAUGCAGCACUGGGGCUCAAUGAUUAGUUUCUAAUCAACAACGAGCCCCUGUGGUCCAGAGAAGGACGAUACAGUUUGGCUAUAUGUUCAGAUCUCCACUGUACAGAGGAAGGCGUGGUCGUACCAGUUUGGUGACAGGACUUGUUGGUUUUGGUUUCUUUUCAUUGUUCUGUUUGACAGUAAAAAUAAGGAACAUCAGACUAAUCCUUUGAGUGACACUUUAACCUCGCUGUGAGCAUAAUUAGUUUAACAGUCAGCGUUCUUGGGAUAAUCAGUUUUAUUUGUCUUUGGUAAACAGGACGACGGGAUUCUUUGGGUGUUUAGGUAAAAAUACACAAAAAAGAUGGAUUGUUCCUUUACGUCUCGUCACAUCAAUCGGUAACGCUUUUCUUCUUUUUUCUUUGUUUUAUGGGUCCGACAUUUCUUAUUACAUCUCCUGGAAAGAUUUUUGUCAUGUGACAC